GAUGCGCUCGGCUCUACUCUACUUGCGCGCCCGGACCUCACGGAGUGAAUGAAAUGUUUCCUUCUGCACAUUUAAAGUGGACUACAACAGCUACACGAUGAACACCUGCGCCUUUCUGUUGAUUUUGACUGUUCAGAUCUACGCCGAUGGCAUCGAGGGGCCAACAGCUGCUGGCUGCACGUUUGAAGAGGAUUCAGACCCCAAUCUGUGUGACUUCACCCAGGGGGAGGAGGAUGACUUUGACUGGCUGUUGUUUCGGACGUACAGCUCACCUUAUGCCAGCUCUGACCUCCUGCGGGGAUCUUAUAUGUUGGUGAACUCCUCCCAGCAUGCCGUGGGUCAUCGUGCUCAGCUGCUGCUGCAGUCGCUGAGUGAAAAUGACACGCACUGCGUCCAGUUCAGCUACUUCCUGUACAGUCGCGAUGGCCACAGUCCUGGGGCCCUAAGGGCAUAUGUACGAGUCAACGGCGGCCCGCUCGGCAGUCCGGUGUGGAACACAUCGGGGUCUCAUGCAAAGCAGUGGCAUCAGGUUGAGCUUGCUGUGAGCACCUUCUGGCCUAAUGAAUACCAGGUUUUGAUUGAGGCAACAGUUUCCAGGGAGCGGCGAGGCUACAUUGCCAUAGAUGACAUCAUGGUGCUCAACUACCCCUGCUAUAAGGCGCCGCACUUCUCCAGGCUAGGAGAUGAGGAGGUCAAUGCUGGGCAAAAUGCCACCUUCCAGUGUGUUGCUGCUGGUAGGGCAUCUGAGGCGGAGAAGUUCCUGCUGGAGAGACACAAUGGGGACAUUUUAACAACAGCGUCGGUCAAGCACCUGAGUCACCGGCGCUUUGUGGUAUCCUUCCAGCUAGACAGCGUCCAGAGAUCGGAUCAAGACCUUUACCGCUGUGUCACUCAGUCCCCAAGGGGCUCUGGGGUCUCAAACUUUGCUGAACUCGUCGUCAAAGUACCUCCAUCCCCCAUCGCGCCGCCUCAGCUGCUUCGUGCCGGCUCCACUUACCUGAUCAUCCAGCUCAACACCAACUCCAUCCUGGGAGAUGGCCCCAUUAUCAGGAAGGAGAUUGAGUACCGCGCCAGUCAGUCACCGUGGUCAGAGGUGCACGGGGUCAACAUGGUCACCUACAAGCUGUGGCACCUGGAUCCAGACACAGAGUACCACAUCAGUGUGCUGCUGACUCGGCCUGGAGAGGGAGGAACUGGCCCUCCUGGACCACCUCUUGUGAGCAGGACCAAGUGUGCAGAGCCCAUGCGUGCACUACGGGGCCUCACAGCCACAGAUAUCCAGUCCAGGCAGUUGUCCCUGCAGUGGGAGAAUCUGGCGUUCAACCUGACACGCUGCCACACCUACUCAGUGUCCCUGUGCUACCGUUACACCACGGCGGGAGGCGGCGGAGGCCACAACACCACCGUGCGCGAGUGCCUGGCAGUGGAACACAACGCUUCACGCUUCACGCUGCGUGAUCUGCCACCCUACCACGGCAUCCAUGUCCGCCUGUCACUGGCCAAUCCAGAGGGGAAGAAAGAGGGCAGAGAGGUCACCUUCCAGACUGAGGAGGACAUUCCCGGAGGCAUAGCACCGGAGUCGCUCACUUUCACCCCGCUGGAUGACAUGAUCUUCCUGAAGUGGGAGGAGCCUGUCGAGCCCAAUGGCCUAAUUACCCAAUAUGAGAUCAGUUACCAAAGUAUUGAGUCGUCUGAUCCGGGAAUCAACGUCCCAGGACCUAGAAGAACAGUGUCAAAGCUGAAGAAUGAGACUUACCACAUGUUCUCCAACCUCCACCCUGGAACUACUUACCUAAUCUCCGUGCGAGCCCGUACAGCCAAGGGCUUUGGCCAGACCGCCCUCACUGAAAUCACCACUAACAUCUCAGCUCCCACAUUUGAUUACGGAGACAUGCCGUCCCCCCUAAGUGAGACAGAGAGCACAAUUACUGUCCUGCUGCGCCCUGCUCAAGGCAGAGGGGCACCUGUCAGCACAUACCAGGUGGUGGUUGAAGAAGAAACCGUUAAGAAAGUAAAGAGGGAGCUGGGGCUUCAGGAGUGUUUCCCCUUGCCUAUGUCCCACGGCGAGGCCCAGGCCCGAGGCACACCACACUACUACACAGCCGAGCUGCCACCCAGCAGUCUGCCAGAGGCCAGUCCCUUCACUGUGGGCGACAAUCACACUUACAACGGCUACUGGAACAGCCCUUUGGAUCCGCGCAAGAGCUACCUUGUCUAUUUCCAAGCUAUGAGCAACUUUAGAGGGGAAUCCAGAAUAAACUGCAUCCGCAUUGCCCGCAAAGCGGCGUGUAAAGAUCACCGCAAGGCUCUGGAGGUGUCCCAACACUCUGAGGAGAUGGGGCUGAUUCUUGGGGUGUGCGCCGGAGGUCUGGUAGUGCUCAUCCUUCUGCUGGGUGCUGUCAUCAUCAUCAUUAAGAAAGGAAGGGACUACUACUCUUAUUAUCCGAAACCAGUGAACAUGAAUAAGACACCCAUUACCUAUCGGCAGGAGAAGAGCCAUAUGGGCUCCAUGGAGCGCAGUUUCACAGACCAGAGCACCCUACAAGAGGAUGAAAGAAUGGCUCUUUCCUUCAUGGAUGCACACACCUGCGGCACACGCAGUGAUGCUCGCAGUUCAGUGAAUGAGGCCAGCAGCCUGCUGGGAGGCUCCCCGAGGCACCAAUGUGGGCGUAAAGGCUCCCCCUACCACACAGGCCAGCUCCACCCUGCUGUCCGAGUGGCUGACCUCCUCCAGCACAUCAACCAGAUGAAGACUGCCGAGGGCUAUGGCUUUAAACAGGAGUAUGAGAGUUUCUUUGAUGGCUGGGACUGCACAAAGAAGAAGGACAAAACCAAAGGGAGACAUGACACCUUGCUGGGAUAUGACCGCCACAGAGUCAAGCUCCACCCUCUCCUGGGAGACCCCAACUCAGACUACAUCAACGCUAACUACAUUGAUAUUCGGAUUAACAGGGAAGGCUACCAUCGAUCCAACCACUUCAUCGCCACUCAGGGACCCAAGCAGGAGACUCUGUAUGAUUUUUGGAGGAUGGUAUGGCAGGAAAAUUGCUUCAGCAUUGUCAUGAUCACUAAGCUAGUGGAGGUUGGCAGGGUGAAAUGCUGUAAAUACUGGCCUGAUGACAGCGAGAUGUACGGUGACAUUAAAAUCACUCUGCUUAAGACAGAGACACUGGCUGAAUACACAGUUCGCACCUUUGCCUUGGAGAGGAGAGGAUACUCAACCAAGCACGAGGUGCGUCAGUUCCACUUCACAUCCUGGCCCGAGCACGGUGUGCCCUAUCACGCAACUGGACUGCUGUCCUUUAUACGAAGAGUGAAAGCUUCUACACCUCCCGAUGCUGGCCCUGUGGUGGUCCACUGCAGUGUGGGGGCGGGCCGCACUGGCUGCUACAUCGUGCUGGAUGUCAUGUUGGACAUGGCCGAAUGUGAAGGCGUGGUGGAUAUCUACAACUGUGUGAAAACCCUCUGCUCACGACGCAUCAACAUGAUCCAGACAGAGGAGCAGUAUAUCUUUAUCCACGAUGCCAUUCUGGAGGCCUGUCUGUGCGGAGAGACGGCCAUCCUGGUGAAUGAGUUCGCCGUCACCUACAAAGAGAUGCUGCGAGUGGAUUCCCAGAGUAAUUCCUCUCAGCUACGGGAAGAGUUCCAGACACUCAACUCUGUUACUCCCCACUUGGAUGUGGAAGAGUGCAGCAUUGCUCUGUUGCCCAGAAACCGAGAGAAGAACCGCAGCAUGGAUGUUCUGCCGCCUGAUCGCGCCCUGGCCUUUCUGGUUACAACAGAAGGGGAAAGCAACAAUUACAUCAACGCUGCUCUCGCCGACAGCUUCCAUCGACAGGCCGCUUUCAUCGUGACCCCUCACCCUCUGCCCGGCACCACGGCGGACUUUUGGAGGCUGGUCUUUGACUACGGUUGCACAGCUGUGGUCAUGCUCAACCAACUCAACCAGUCAAACUCUGCCUGGCCGUGUGUUCAGUACUGGCCGGAGCCUGGUUUACAGCAGUAUGGGCCAAUGGAAGUGGAGUUUCUGUCCAUGUCAGCAGAUGAGGAUGUCAUUACUCGUCUGUUUCGGGUCAAGAACGUCACAAGGCUCCAAGAGGGCCAGCUGGUAGUGUGUCAGUUCCAGUUCCUGCGCUGGUCGGCGUAUCGAGAUGUUCCCGACUCCAAGAAGGCUUUCCUAAACCUGCUUGCUCAAGUGCACAAGUGGCAAAGAGAGUGUGGAGAAGGACGCACUGCUGUCCACUGCCUUAAUGGCGGUGGUCGCAGUGGGACCUUCUGUGCCUGCAACAUUCUCCUUGAGAUGAUCCAGUACCAGAACAUGGUGGACAUCUUCUAUGCUGUCAAAACUCUACGCAACUGUAAACCCAACAUGGUGGAGUCCCUGGAUCAGUAUCGAUUCUGCUAUGACCUUGUCCUGGAGUACUUGGACUGCUUUGAGGGGAGAUAGCAACUAAAUGUUUACCACAGCGGCGAUAUCCCUCACACUGGAGAUUCGAUUUAAGGCCACCCAGUGACCCCUCUACUUUAUUGUUCGGACCUGUGAACUUGGCAUUGAAAGAACUGCAAAGGAAGGAG